CUCUCCCCCUUUCCCUCUCUCCUCCCCCCUUCUCUUUUUCCCACUCUGUCUCUCUCCCCCUUGCGCCCACAACGUUUGGUGCUGAUCCGAGCGGGAAGAGGGGGGUGGGUGGGAUUGGAGGGGGAAGACCAUGACCUCCAGCUAUGGGCACGUUCUGGAGCGGCAGCCGGCCCUGGGUGGCCGCUUGGACAGUCCCGGGAACCUCGAUAACCUUCAAGCAAAAAAGAACUUCUCGGUGAGUCACCUGCUCGAUCUGGAGGAGGCCGGUGACAUGGUGGCCGCUCAGGCGGAUGAGAGCGUCGGCGAGGCGGGACGGAGUCUGCUGGAGUCUCCGGGGCUGACCAGCGGCAGCGACACUCCGCAGCAAGACAAUGAUCAGCUGAAUUCAGAGGAGAAGAAAAAGAGAAAGCAGAGGAGAAACAGAACCACCUUCAACAGCAGUCAGUUGCAGGCAUUAGAAAGAGUCUUUGAGAGGACACACUACCCUGAUGCUUUUGUACGGGAAGACCUUGCCCGCAGGGUGAACCUCACUGAAGCCAGAGUUCAGGUGUGGUUUCAAAACCGAAGAGCCAAGUUUCGCAGGAAUGAGAGAGCCAUGCUGGCCAAUAAAAAUGCUUCCCUCCUUAAAUCCUACUCAGGGGAUGUGACUGCAGUGGAACAGCCUAUUGUACCUCGUCCUGCUCCAAGACCCACCGACUAUCUUUCCUGGGGGACAGCCUCUCCGUACAGUGCUAUGGCUACCUAUUCUGCUACAUGUGCCAACACUAGCCCUGCGCAGGGCAUGAACAUGGCCAACAGCAUUGCCAACCUGAGACUGAAGGCAAAGGAAUAUAGUUUACAGAGGAACCAGGUGCCAACAGUCAACUGAGAAAAACAAACAAAAACAUUCAAAAACAAACCUAAGAAGAAACCAGAAACAAAGUCAAACAGAAAGCCACCAUAAGAUACCUAUCUUGCUCUGUCCAUUGCUUCAUCUGCUGGGGAAAACAAACAAACACAGACAGACAAAGAAUGCAGAACUAAAUAUUGGGACCAUAACAGAGAAAAGCAGGAGAGGAGCAAACUGAAAAAAAAAAAUUAGUUAACAAAUGUUUCCCCUCCCAUUGGGAUAUCACUACCAUUUGUUCCUGUGUUUGAUUAUUUUUGUUUCCAUUCACCUAUGCUUUGCUCAGUAUAAUGCAAGCUUCUUCAGCUAUGUCCACCCCAUCCCUCAUUAUCCUGUUGGUUUUUUUAAAAUUCAUAACAGCAGAACUAUAUAGACAUGCAGAAAAAGUUCCUAUACCCUUGACCCUUCUUGAGUCUUAGUGCCUUCCCUGUCCUUCUGCCCAACUCAGUGUUUAAAAAGCUCAGAGGGUUCUCAAGAUUGCCAAAGUCUUUCUAAAGUGCCUGUGUUCUUCCCUAGAAACCCGACUUAGUCCCUGAUUCUCUCUUUGCAAUGCAUGAGCAGGUUUUGUGGGAUAGCUUCUGGAAAACAGCAGCAAAGUCCAGAGUGGGUCAUUAGCCUGUCCUGAUCUCUUCCUGGCUGAUUCAGAGCAUUAAGCCUUAUUUAAAAAAAACAAGAACAACAACAUAAGACACAGCCCAUCCACUCCCCAAAGUAUCAGCCAUUCUGGUUUUAAAAUGAUCCAUAAUUUGCCAUUAGCCUUUUUUGAAAGGGGAUGGGGAAAAGUCUCUCCAUUCAAGAGAAAUGGAAAACUAGCCCUAUGCAGAAUCAAAACCCCGAGAUCUGUAACUGGUGUUGCCUACUGCUUCCUUGGUGCCACGGGUAAAAGGAGAGUCAGAUGCACAUUUAAAUAUAUAUAUACUGUAUAUAUUUAUAUAUAUUAUAUAUACAUAUGUAAUAAUCUUACAAGCUCGGUUUUGUGGUUUCUCAAACAUGAUGCAGCGAAGAUGAAAACAUCAGGAUUGUCAGUGGGGCUACCACUACUUUGUGUAUCUCUGAUGAAGGGAAAGUUAUCAAUCAUUAAUCUCCUGGGUUAUUUUCUUUGCUGAUACAUAAUUGCAGGUAAGACCAUAUAGGGCAACUCUUUCAAAAUAGAUUUCAUUGAUGUAGUGUAACUUUAAAGGGAUCACAGUUUGACUGAGGGUUUGGGAAUAACACUCAGUUAUGAGGGAGUUGAUUUCAUAUGGAAUGAUGAGAAGGCCUGCUCUACAGUGGAAAUUAUUUUAAAGAGAGGAAGAAAAGCCAUUUUAAUCAUGUCUUUUCUACAACCAACAAUAAUCUGAAAAAGACUUUUUGAAAGUCAGUUUCUUAAAAACAUUAGAAUAAAUCCCCAUUUUAAAAGGCUAUUUCUUUUAAAAAGUGAUUUUGAAUCAGUAGUACCUACAAUUAGGAGCACAAGUACUUUUUUUUAUGAUUUUGUGAAUUGAUGCUGAUUUUCCCAGUCGUGCUUUAAACUCAUCAGGAAACCUCAACCGAGUUCUAUCACCAUUCUGUGCCUUGUUUACUUUUUGCAAAAUGGGUUUCAUAAUACUAACCUACUUCCCAGGGGUGUGGUGAGGUUCUAAUCCUUUGUUCAAAUCAUUCCUUCAAUUUGUAGCAUCUUGAAGGAAAGAUGGUAUCCUUAUUUUUUAGCAGGGAAAUGCUGCCUUGCUAUGAACAAUUGUAAUUGUGUAUUGGAAAAUGGGGGGACUGAUAUAAACUUACAGAUUUCUCAACCAUCCUAUCUUUGGGCCAAAAGGAUAAUCCACAUUGACUACAUGAGAAUCAAGACGAGCACUUGCCUUCUUUUGGACAACCCUGUUUUUCAUUCAUACUUCUCCUGAGCAGCUUGGCUCUAGCAUUAUAAAUUGCAAAUCAUUAAAACACUUGAGGUUGAUCUGCAGAGUCCUAGGCGGAGGGCCAAGGUGGUGAAGACCAUGAAGAGGAUGCAACAUUCUGAACAUGCCCCAUGCAGAUCGGUCAUGUCCUUCACACACCAGAUUGAGUUUGUCAUGACAAUAUUUCAUUCCUUCACAUGGACUGCCAUCCGGCCAAAUAUGUAUUCCCUCAUGCUGUCACUAAAUCUCUGUUGUGAUUCUGUGUGUAUUCUGGUGGAUAGAAAGGAGGUUCAUAUUACAUCAUCUUGUUUACAACUGAGUACUUUCCCUCCUAUCCCAACCCACUUAAGAGAAUUCUCACUGGACCCCUGAACAAUGCUGGAGGAUGUCAACCUUAAGAAUUUCCAUACUCAUUUCUUAAUUGGUUCUUUAGCAGAUUUUGUUCUUGUAGCUCAUGAAAAAACACCAAGGUCAUGAUUUGUCUUUUGUAAAGAGUGUAUAUGAUCUUGGGCAUUUUGAAACCUCCAGGGAGGAUGGAUGACUAAAAGUAUAACAGGGAAGGUGUUGGAAAUACCAUUAUUUCUAAAGAGGUGUUUAGGUUUCUGAGAUAGAGAGAGAGAAAAGGAUCAUUCCAAAAUGAGAUUUUUUUUUCCCUUAAAACAGCUUGAUUUCCCUUGACAAUCAAGAACUAGAGAGUCCUGAACAUAUAAUCCGAGUGCUGGUUGGAUAAAUCUUAAAACUGGGCCUACAACUCCCAGACACCUCAAAAUGCCACCAAUGCCGAUCAAUCAAGAGGAUUUUUCCUGCUGGAGAAACCAAAGCAUUGACAUCCAUUUUCUUUACAAUUCACCAAGAAUUAUCACACAGUACAAACACUAUGGUCUUUUGCAUUUAUUUUCUUUUACUUUUUAAAUGCAAGUAUUAUAUGGAAUUUAUAGGAGUAGACCUCUGGCUCCUGGGUCAGGUGCCAAGUGGAAACUUGGGCACUAUGAAGCUUGAGGCAUCUCCCUGUUUCUCACUUUUACCAUACCCAAAUAAUGAUAAUAAUAUAUAUAGACUAUCUAUCUGCCAGCCCCACCCCUCCACAUAAAAAGAUGCUGGUCCAUAGAAGAUUUAAUAGGUGAAAUGAAACCAGGAGAGGUGAUGAAAUGAAAAGGGAACAACACUGAGGGGUAGAAAGACCUCAUAAGAAAUGUAUUAUGUAAAUUAUAUCUUGCUUUAUGUUGUAAAAUAUACAGUGUUUGCGCUAGAAUAGAAAUGAUUCCUUUUCAAUAAAAAGAAAGAACACUCACA